AUGAAGGACGUCUCUUGCUUCUGCUUAACUUUGUCUUCCUUGUGGAAACAGAUGGUGCAAGCUUACAAAUAUAUCUGUGGUAUUUUCUUAGUGACUCAUACAGCAGAGCACCAGGCUUCAGACUGUGACACGCAGCCAACCAAGAUGGACGUAAGCUUACUUGAGGAGCAGUAUGACUGUAUAAAACAGAAGCAAAAGCUGCAAACACACAUUAUUGUGUUUAAAACAGAUGAGAAUCAGUCUGUUCCUGGGCAAUCAAUGGUCAAAGCCAUUUUAAUUAAUAAGAAAACAAGGAAACCAAAAGAAUUUAAAGAACACAUUCCUGUCAGAAAGGUCACCCUGGAGUUAACUUCCAAUGGCAAUGUACAAGACAGUUCACCAUGGCGUACACACCUGGGAAUCCACCGUCUACUACAAACUGAUUGUCAGAAGGCUCCAUGUGAUCUUGCCCUCUGCAAGAACGAACAGAUUAGCUUUGACAAUGAGAGAUUGACUGUGAAGGAAAAUGUCAUGCUGCCAUAUGAAAAAACACUAACUGCAAGUGAACAAUCCACAGUAUCACUCAAUGAACUGGGAAAUUCAAGUAUGUUAAACAGUCCCACUGAAGAGAAUAGCAAUUCCAUUUCAGGCAUCUACCAGAAGUAUCCUUUGAAGUCAGUCUCUUCAGCAAUUUGGACACACCAACAGAUUUCAUCCACAAAAUGUAUACCCAUAUCCAGGAAGCUAAGCUAUUACCCAUUCCCUCAGAAAAAAACACCCAGGAUCUCAGAAGCUGCAAGAAGACUUGGAUUAUAUGUCUCACCAUAAAGAAAUUUCAGUAAUGUGUAAAGUUUAGUUAACAUUUAAAAUAAAAUUUCAGUAAACUAAUUUUUCAAAGUAAUUUUGAUUUACUUGCUAAGGGGUUAGUACUUUAUAUUAUAAGAAUUUGCAUGGGCCAAUCAAUGUGUUUUAGAAGUUCAUACAGUGAAAAGUCUGUUAAAUGAGUUGCAAUGUCAUAAGGGGUAUUGGACAAUAAAGAAUUUUUAUACCUGGAGCAUCAUCAGGAUUAUCCAUACUCAUUUUUGUACCUUCAAAUAUAGGAACUAAUGUUAACUCAUUUUGCAUUGAUUUCUUUUUUUUUCUAAAUCCAAACUACUGAUUUUUGGGGGAGAAGAAUUCUAUCAUAGUGAGAUUACAAAUCAUUUGAAAAAGCUGUAGCAAAGAUUAGCACUUACAAAAAUUGCUGAUGAAGCAACUGGAUUGGAUUUCAGUACUGCAAAAUUCAAUUAGCAGUCUGAA